AGACAGUCUUCAUCCGGAGCCAUGGGAGGGGAUGGGCCAAUACAAAAUCUGACUCAAGCCCGAAAAAUCUGUCAGUCUACAGAGUAAUGAGUUAGAAGAGCAGACACUUGGGCUUGAGGGGCAGACAUUUGCUGACACUUUUUCCAGAAGCACCCAGAAGAACUGUUACUUUGAAGACUAUUAUUUUGUUACAUCUACCUUGAAUCUGGACACAUUACACGUUUUGACAGAAAAUCCGGUGGAGUGUUUUGUUCUGUCAAAACCACAGGAGAUAUCAUCACUGUUUGUGUCAGACUGUGGCCAUGUCGGCUGACAGACUGAGCAACGUGUCAAAGGAGGUGAAGCCAGAGAGCGUGUCGCUGUGUCCUCUGGGCACGGCAGCUGCCCCUGAGCGGGAGCUGCUGUGUAUCUUUGGGACGGGGGACUUAGGGCGCACUCUGGGCCAGCGUCUGCUCCAGUCUGGCUACAGGGUGGUGUACGGCAGCCGCAGACCUCACAGCUGUGGCCCCUUGCCUCAGGGGGCUCAGGUGCUGAGCCACGAGGCAGCAGCCCAGUCAGCCGAUCUGGUCUUUAUUUGUAUUCACAGAGUACACUAUGACUUCCUGGAGACACUUGCACCUCAACUCAAGGGGAAGGUGCUGGUGGAUGUCAGCAACAACCUCAAGAAGAAUCUAUACCCAGAGGCCAAUGCUGAGUAUCUGCAGAGGCUGAUCCCUGGAGCUCAUGUGGUGAAGGCUUUUAACACCUUGUCAGCCUGGGCCCUGCAGAAUGGACCCUCAGAUGCCAACAGACAGGUGUACGUGUGUGGAAACCGUGCCGAGGCAAAGCAGGCAGUAGCAGAGGUGGCCACCAAACUGGGCUUCGCUGUUGUGGAUAGAGGGUCUCUGACUGCAGCCAAAGAGCUGGAGGACUUCCCACUACAGCUCUUCCCAGAGUGGAGGCUGCCACUGCGCAUAGCCGUCGGUCUCACCGCCUUCUUCUUCGUCUAUGUGGUCAUGAGAGAUGUUGUCUAUGCGUAUGUUGACCAGGGGAAAGACAUCUCCUUCAGAAUCAUGGUGUCGAUGGCCAACAAGGUGUUUCCCAUUGUGUCUCUCACCAUGUUGUCUCUGUGUUACGUGCCUGGUGUCAUAGCUGCCUUCCUUCAGCUCUACAGAGGAACCAAAUACAAGCGUUUCCCUGACUGGUUGGACCGCUGGAUGCUGUGCAGGAAACAGAUGGGACUGGUAGCACUUGGCUUUGCUUUCUUACAUGUGCUCUACACUCUCAUCAUCCCCAUAAGACAUUACGUGAGAUUCAAGAUUGCCGCUGGUACCAUUGCACAGAUCAGGGAGAACCGAACGUCAGUGUUAGACACCACCUUGGCCUGGCGUACUGACUCUUACUUCUCUAUUGGGAUUCUGGGAUUUGGCCUGUAUGUCCUGUUGGGAAUAACCUCUCUUCCCUCCGUCAGUAAUGCUCUCAGCUGGAGAGAGUUCAGCUUCAUACAGUCCAAGCUGGGAUACCUGACAGUGUUCUUCUGUACCUUUCACACCUACCUGUACGGCUGGGACAAGUUUCUUCGUCCCUCUUACUACAAAUGGUACACACCACCGGCCUAUUUGCUUGCUCUGGUGGUGCCCUCCGUGUUGCUGGUGCUCAAACUGCUCCUGCUUCUGCCCUGUGUGGACCGCACCCUCACUCGCAUUCGACAGGGUUGGGAGAGGACUGAUCCGGAGGACAGCAGCAAGAAUGCACUGCUAACAUAGAAACAAUCGCAAUGACAGAAACAAAAACAAUGGGAAGGAAAAAAAAAAUGCAGAUGCAAAGACACCAUGGUGACUUGCCCUCCAGGAGCUCUAUCAUUAGGUAACCCCGGCUCAUUGUGUUAAAUGACAUGGAUCCAAGACUGUACAAUUGCACUUAUUGUUCUGCCUUCGACAAAGUCAACAGAGACAAAUGAUUUAAACUCCUUUCAGUCUCUCUUUGUGUAAUCAUCUUGGAAUUGCUCCCUUUAUAUAAUACAAUGGCACUGUGUAGGCUUUCAUCAGUUAUACAAAUACCUUAGAGAAUCAUAGACACAUGCAUAAAAGCAGCCGUAGAACUUUUUAACUCCAGUGUUUCAUAAUUUUGCUAUGUACUUUCAGUAUUGUUACAGACUCUAACUCCAAGGCGGGCGACUUUGUUGUACUUCUAUUAAAAUCAGCAACAACAGUUUGA